GCAUUAACACUCUCCAUUUGGCCUUCACCUUAUUCUCUUCUCUUCCCAGACUCGCUAACCCCAGGCUCCAUUUGCCCAUACUCAUUGGCAAGACAUGUUACGCUUGAGGCCCUCAGAACUCACCCUGACGCCCGAGCAUGUCGACGAGUCGUUUCGCCGCAUAGCACAUAGGCACUCGUCAAGAGCCACGACUGUUGCACCAUCUCGAGCCUCUGCACACCCUGGCCGGCCCAUCCUCAGGCGUGGUCCGCAGAGAUCAACUCAGGAUGCCAUCACUGCCCUCGGGGACAUUCCUAUUCUGAGACCUUCGUCUCAGCAAGCUGUAUACACAUCCGUGGAAGAGGAUAUUGACCACAGCCAUCAUUCUCAAGUCGAAGAGGCUCCUAUAGGCACAAGUCCACCUGCAUCGAACGGACAGGCGGUAUCCGCACUCACAGCAGCCUCGUUGGCACUCCGUAGCAUGCAUAUUCCAUUCAGGCUCACACGAUAUCACCAAGCCUCGCACACAGCAUCUACUCCUGACGAGCCAGCGCCUACAGACGCGUCGAAUCAUGCAACGCCUGGCCCAGCUGGGACAUCCAGCCCCGUCAACAUGAGCGAAAGGACCUCCCAGCCGCGCCUGGAAUUUUCUCCUAAUAGCCCCGCAGAACUACGAGGAGGUGGUGGACCCAGAAGAAAUCGUGCCCCUGCCUCACCAGAAAGACCCCGCGCUCCCUCUCUGUCGCAACAGGGGCAGAGACCCAGUUCGCCUGGGACACAAGAGCGUUCACAAAACGCUGUCGAUGCCGAGCAAGGUCCGAACGAAAGACAUCCAACAAUAUAUCUACAGGGAUUUUUCACAGACCCUAACAUAACCCCUGGCGGGGUCAGUUACGACUUCGAGGAACUUCACCCACGAACCGAGCCACCUCGCCGUAGCAGUCGUCAGCCAAUGCUCACGCGCAGUUUCUCUUCAGGCAGCGCUCCUACUUUCGCUCUACCACAACGGCCAGAUGCAUCCAGGUUGUCUACAGACCAUGGGUAUAGCAUCAUACCAGCGCCCCAGCCUCCGAUGCGUCCUCCGACUCAUUUUCCGGGUAUCUUCAAUACGCAUAAUCAUGCAUCUUCCUUACCAAGCAUAAAUAAUGUGUACAGAUAUGUCUUUCAGGCUGAUCAGGUUAAUGCGGGAUCGAGACAGCCCAGCAGUGAAAGUUCAGGUGCCAGUGCUGCAUUCUCUUAUUAUGGCUCAGAUCUUCCUGCAUCGCGGAAUUCGAGUAGCACACAAUCGGCACCGGAUCAGGUUGCUCAGUAUGAUGGUGCUGUUCCUUCAAGACAUGUUAGUCACGCUGCACACAAUCCACCUCGUCCGUUGGAAAUUGGUGACCGUUUCCCCCCACCUCGCCCGUUAGAGAUUGGUGACCCUUUCCUGCGGCCGCUGUCCCGAAGAGGCUCAAGCCGGUCAUCGCCGAAUUUAGCUUUGUCUGUUCAACAUGGCAUUUCGCCAUUGCCAUCGAUGCCCUACACUCGUGGGCAAGGCGUCCAGAGCUCUCCACAGCCCCCUCCUGGCUUGGUCAAUAGCGUUGUUACAGGUGGGAAUCCCAUGGAUGCAGCCACGGCGGCGGCGCAAGAUCUUCGCUCGCCUCUUGACGAUUAUUCCGAGCAGUAUCAACGUUCCCUACAAGCUCGGCUCGCCGCACAGAGGACACAUGCCCAAUCAAGAUCAUACCCCGGCCAGCUUGACGGGCUCAACACAUACAUGCCACGCCAAGGUAUAGGUAGCCGUCCAUAUGGUACUGUUCAAGAUCCGUAUGGGCCGAUGUCUACGGGUUAUCGCCAACCACAGCCGCCCGUUCUUCGCUCCACCCUUGGUUCCUCCGAGCAUGUGCCUUAUCCACCAAUACGAAUGUCACAGUCUUACGACAGAAGCAGCCAGCCAAUUAGACCCAACCCAUUCGACGAAGCACCAUCUUCUCUUCACUGGCAAGGUCAACCGCUUCGAGCAGCUCAUGGUCAUCAGAGUUCCGUUCAAGCCAUACAAGGAAUGAACGCACGACAUAGUCAAGGACCCCUGCCUGGGCCCACCCAAUUCAGCAGCAUACCUCAGGAGGUUGUCCCUCGUGACAUAUCAAACCGGCCUCGUACGCAGCAACCGCAGCCACCGCAUCAUUUCGCUUCUAGAGUUUCACCACGCCCUCCCAAUGGCGACUGGACAAGUGUUCCGUUGCCCAUCACCCAGCCUAGACGACCGUCACAAGGUCACGUACCCUCAGAACAUAGAGAACCCAGACUCUCGCCCGAAGUGCCGCGUAGAUUUCUACCUCAGCGCGGUUCUUUUUCACUGCAGCCCGACGAAAGGCCUCCUCGCAACACCACGCGCUCUCGCCGCAGGCCAUCUACUCUUAACCUCCAACCCACCCUCGAUAGUCCUCUGACUUCCGUGGCCCUGGAUCAUGGCAGCGGCACCACCAGCAGACGACCACGGUCACUUCUUCCUCGCACAAGAUCUGUACGUCCGCGUCUAGCCAUCCCUGCACGCCAGCAAGAUCAGGAGAACUCGGGCGAGGGCGAAAUGGCGCUGAUGAGAAGGGAGGAGGGGGCGAUCAAUUCGCGUUAUGGAGAGGAGGAGCAGAGGGAUGUUAUGGAUGAGACGCCGCCGCGGGUUGGGCGGGUGGAGCGACGCAUGUUCGAAUAAUGGGGGUGGGAAAGCUGGGUGGAGGACUACGAGUUUUGUAAGAUUGGACUGUUUUCAUUGCUGGAGGAUGGAUGGAUCCUUGGAUACUGAGGUUGGAUAAAGAAGGGGAGGAUGAUUGAUACUAGGUUCGAUUAGUAUUCUAUUGUUGAUAUGA